AAAUAAAUAAGAUAAGCUACAUCACUACGAGCAAGUAAAAAAAAAUGAAAUAACCUUUUUCCAAAAUGUUUCGUUGUGCAGCUUUUGCUGUACGAGCUAUUCGGCCUCUGUCGAUUCCAUAUUUGAAUGCGGCCAGGAUUCGCAAUGACUGCAAAAGUUUUGCCACUUGCAAAACCCUGUCGCAUUUAGGAUUAAGCCAAACUAUUGGCAAUAGUUCACUAUUGAAUAACCAGACAGUACUGAAUAUUUCUAAGAACAUAGUGCAAGUUCCAUCCAGGAGUAUUACUAAAUUCAGUCUCAAUAAAGGGAAAAGAAAGUCUUCGAAGUCUGUUAUCAAGCGUUUCUUCAGACUGCACUGGGGUGGUUGGAUCCGGACUAAAGUUGGUAGGCAAAAGAGAUUGUGGAAGAAGUCCCCUGCCCAGAAAAGACGACUUAGGCAACAUGUGUUUUGUAACGCAACACAGAGCACUUUACUAGACAAAAUGGUCACGAAGUUCUGGAGAAAACCAAAGUAUUAUGUUGAUGAUCCGUAUGCCCCGUACCACACCAGAGAAGAGUUUGUAAUUACAAGAAAGAAACCUAUUCAGAGAAAUUGAUUUUAUCCUUGUUUGAUCUGUGGCAUUGUUUACUAUGUGUAAUGCUGCUUUGGUUAGUUAUAGUUAGUAAUAAAUAUUUUGUUUCUGUAAA